CUUUUUUUUUUGCCAAAAAAAAUAAUACGCAAAUAUAUCGCUACAUUAGUUCACUGUGUCAUAAACUUCUCUCUCGAGUACUGCUCGGUUCUGCCCAAUAGUUUCUAUACACCGUCUUUCUGGCAUGUUCAGCACCGGCUCCCGCCACAAGCUCUAGAGAAACCCACAUUAUUAGCCGGAGGGCUUGGCAUUCGGCGAGAAAUUCUCCGUUGUUUCCCAUGGCUACUCUACGCCGACUGUCGAGAACUGCACGCUUCUCCCGUUCCGUCGCUGCCUCCUCCAAAACCCUCCCCGGUCUUCCACGCGCACACCCUUCGCGGCGGCUCUGUGUGUCAUCUGUUGGGUCCUUUGAAUGCUACUCUCGUCCUGAUACUCAGAGAAUUCCCCGGCCAUUGUUAGUGCCUGGUGCUACCAAGCUCAGCUCUGUGUACCCUAUCCUUCUUGCUGGUUUGCUUGGCGUUGGGGUUAAUGUAGCUUGUGCUGAUGCUGAUCAGGGAUCUGAACCCUUGCCUCCUCUGCCAUCCGGGGCUCCUGCGAGUUAUGCCGAGCUAGAGGAGACAGCCAAGAAGGAACGAAAACGGAUCGAGAAUGAGCUCAACAGUAAAGGAAUCAAAUAUGGUUCCUAUCCUGCCUUCACAAUCGCUGUCAAGGGCCAAAAGAUCACGAUCAAGUUCCAGAUUCCCCCUUCUUGCGACAUUCCUCAUUUGAUAGCUCAUCUUGCAUCACAUCUUGGAUUAAAUGCCAAAGAAUCAGGGGGUGGUCGGGAUAUGUUGCUACGUUCUUGGGACAGUACUGUUGCGUGGCAAUUGAUACUUAGUCAGCCAUUGAGGGAAGGAACCAAUGAGGACAAGUCACCAAAAGGAGAUGCAAAUUCACUUGAUGGGGCCGAUUUGUGCAUUGUCUUAUUUCGAUCACUCAUUACCUCAGAGAAAGCAGAAAUCGAGUUCAUGAAGCGUGGGAGCUUGAGCGCUGUAGAGCUUAAUGCUUUGGUGUCUGUUUUAGAAUUGGCUGGUGGAGGGUUAAAGAACUUGGAAAGAAAACCAGGUGGACCUGCUGUACGGGCACCUGCAACAGAUAAAUCAGUCGCCAGUCUGAAGGACAUGGGAGUAAGAAUAUACGGACUCGAGGAACCUCUUAUAAAUUCUUCGAGCAAUGAGAUUUUGUGGGAGAACAUAGCUGGUUAUGAUAAGCAAAAAAGAGAAAUAGAAGACACAAUAUUGUUGGCUCUACACAAUCCUGAAAUAUAUGAUGACAUUGCUCGUGGGACUAGGAACAAGUUUGAGUCAAAUAGACCUCGAGCCGUCCUUUUUGAAGGUCCUCCAGGUACAGGGAAAACGUCUUCUGCUCGUGUUAUUGCUAAUCAAGCGGGUGUUCCACUUCUGUAUGUGCCGUUGGAAGUCAUUUUGUCAAAAUAUUACGGGGAAAGUGAACGUUUGUUGGGGAAAGUCUUCUCUCUUGCCAAUGACCUCCCCAAUGGCGCCAUCCUAUUUCUAGAUGAGGUUGAUUCUUUUGCUGUUGCUCGUGAUAGUGAAAUGCAUGAAGCUACUCGUAGAAUUUUAUCAGUAUUGUUACGACAGAUUGAUGGAUUUGAACAAGACAAGAAAGUGGUUGUCAUUGCUGCCACAAAUAGGAAACAGGAUCUGGAUCCUGCUUUGAUCAGCCGGUUUGAUUCAGUGAUUACCUUUGGUCUGCCUGAUCACUUGAAUCGCCUAGAAAUUACAGGCCAGUAUGCAAAGCACCUCACAAAAUCCGAACUAGAGGAAUUUGCUAGAGUCACCGAAAACAUGUCUGGGAGGGACAUAAAGGAUGUGUGUCAACAAGCAGAACGAUCAUGGGCAUCCAAGCAAACGUCUGAAAAUGCGAAGACCCUCCGGCUCCGCUUCGCCGUAGUUUUGCUUCAAGCCUACAUUUCCAUACUGCGAUCGAGGGUUACUGUAAGAACUUCUCCGUCUCUGAAGUUCAAUAGCUCACGUAGGAAGAUGAUCGUCAACAACUGCAUCAUCCAUCGAAACUGCUCUCCAUUUCUUUGGCAUAGAAAAGUCGGUACCACUGUUCUCCCUUACUCUUCUUCUGCUAGUUCCGCAGCCCCUCUCUCGUCAUACUUCGCCUCCAAUCCAACUCCAACUACUACUCGUACCUCCAAUUCUGCUACUUUGGCCAGUGUAGAUGAUGCCAUGGAUUCAUUUAAUCGGAUGCUCUGCAUGAACCCUAGGCCGUCCAUUGUGAAAUUCGGUCAGUUAUUGUCUUCUCUCUUGAGAGUGAAUGCUUUCCAGGCUGCCCUCUAUGUGUCUAAGCAGAUGGAAUUAGUUGGAAUCCCCCAUGAUCUUUACACCCUUAGCAUGUUGAUUCGAUGCUUCUGUAAAUUGGGUCGUGUGGAUUUUGCCUACUCAGUUCUCAGCAAAGCUUUGAAACUUGGUCUUCAAUUCGAUGCUGUGAUAUUCAGUACCUUGAUUGAUGGGCUAUGUAAAUUUGGAAAAGUAGUUGAGGCUGCGAGACAAGGUCAUGUUGAUGAAGCACUGGCUCUGUUUCAAGCAAUAGAAAGUAGUAGGUUGAAGCCUGAUGUUGUCAUGUAUAAUAUCCUCAUGGAUGGUCUGUGGACAACUGGCAGGGCUGAAGAAGCAAAAGACAUGUUUUCUAGGCUUUCUAAAGAUGAUAGUUUACGACCUGAUACCCGCACUUAUAACAUAGUAAUCGACGGACUUUGUAGACAAGGUUUUGUGGAUGAAGCAUAUGGUUUGUUCAGAAAUACUGAGGGGGGUAGUUGUCCACCCGAUAGUUGCUCUUAUAAUGUGAUGAUCCAGGGAUAUCUUCGACGUAAGGACCCGCUUGAAGCAUUUGACCUCAUUCAGGAGAUGGUUUCUAAGGGUUUCUCAGCUGAUGCAUCCACAAUGUCCUUGUUGAUAGAAAAACUGCCCAAGGAUCAGUUGGAUCAUUUGAUUGUGCAAAAGCUUCUGAAUGGUCCUGAUAUCAAGAAUCGGGAAAUAGGGUCUAAUGGUCUAUCAACUUCUGUAUGGGAGCGGCGGGACGCAGAGUUCACACGACUCCUAGCCGUGAUUAGCAGAAAGAGCCGAUCCUCCAAUACCGCUGCUACAACGCCACCACCACAUGCGGCUGCCGCACCUCCUGUCCCCGACGAGAAGGCAGAGCAGCCCUCGAUGGAGGAGUUGAUGGAGGCAGAUUUGCCGGCCACCAAAGACAAGUCAGCGCCACUACCUUUGGCUGAAACCACCACGAUGCUGCAACCGGCUGCUGUUGAGGACGGAGAACCUGAUGCUAAGCUCACAAAUCAGCAGCAGCUGCUGCCGCCGACAUCAGCUAUGACACUGGACCACCUCACCGCAACGCCGUCACCACUAUCCACAAAGGCUAAUUCAAGGUCAACCACAGAACUUGCCGUGGCGGUUAUAUCCACCGCGAUGUUAGAGCUGAAACCAAUCAUCACCACCACGGUUGGACUAGUUGGUACCGUGACCCCAAGCAUGGCAGCAAGGGCCGAAAAGAAGAGGAACAUCACUGUUGAGGCAAAAGGGGAAGGAGACUGUGUCGCCACCGAAGAUGAGAAUUUGGCUGGAGAUGUAGAGAAAGGACCGACCUUGGCUAGCUUUGCAAACUGGAGAUACAGGAGGAAGAAACGAAGGGCAGACGAGGAGCGCGGAGCAGAAAAGCAGAGCAAAGAAGCACCCUCGCCAUCUGCGACGCCGGGGAUGGAGUUGAGAGCGACGAAAGAAACGGGCUCGCAUCCUAACAGCCGACGGGUGGCCUGCUCUCCGUCGGGGAAGAAGUCGGCAAGGGAGUUGGCAGUGGACUGA